AGUGUGCGUAUGUGUGAGAGCGUGUGUGAGAGCGUGUGUGUGUGUGUGUGUGUGUGUGUGUGUGUGUGUGUUGUUCUGCCGCUUGUCAGCUUGUUUGAGUUUCCUGCGGUCUUGAGACGCCACUCGAGUUGCUUCCCGCAUGGAGCCGCGUCAUUCUUUCUCUUAGACGCGUUUUAUUUGUCGCUUUUCUACACCAUGAACUCGGCCGGAGUUUCACGCGGACUUCACGUUGGUCCUGAGAUGAAGGAUCUCACACUGACUCCCUUUCUCCUGCUGUUACUGAGCGGAAUUCACGCCACAUCGCGUGGAUCAGAUCUGAUGUCUUACAUGCCGAACGUGUGCACCGAGCGCGAGGUGAAGCUGGUGGCUCACAUGCAGCCCUGUGUGCAGGCUUUCACACGGAUGGUCAAAGUGUGGAAACAAGGAUGUGAAGGACAGUCGUGGUGCAUGGGCUAUGAGCGGAGGACGGCGUAUUACACCGCGUACAGACAAGUGUAUCGUCAGGAUUAUGAGACGGUGCACAAGUGCUGCCCGGGCUGGUCGCAGCUCAAUGGGGAAGCUGGAUGUCUGUACCCUAUCUGCAGCUAUGGAGUCUGUUUUAACGGCGGCCGCUGCAGAGAAGGAUCCUCACAGCUCUGCGACUGUCCGGCUGGCUUUCACGGCCCGAGCUGUCAGUACGACGUGAACGAGUGCGAGGAGACGAACGGAGGCUGCGAGACUCUGUGCUGCAACACUAUUGGCAGCUUCUACUGCAAGUGUCCAUCAGGACAGGAACUCAAGGAGGACGGAAAGACCUGCCAAGACAUCAACGAGUGCCUCGUUCAUAAUGGAGGAUGUCAGCACAAGUGUGUGAACACCCGAGGCUCCUUCCACUGCCAGUGUGACCCCGGGUUUCGCCUGCACGUGGACAGACGCACCUGCAUAGGUGUUAGCUUGUGUGGCGUGAGUAAUGGAGGUUGUGAACACUUUUGCAUCCAGCAGUCAGCAGUUCAAAUCCAGUGCCGCUGUCGACCCAACUACAGACUGGCCGAGGAUGGAAAACACUGCACCUUGGAGAACUCGUGUUUGCUGCGGAACGGGGGCUGUUCUCAGGGGUGCCAUGGUGACGGGGGCAAAACCUACUGCGACUGUCAUCUGGGUUUCAACCUUACAGCUGAUGGCAAGACCUGUGAAGAUGUUGAUGAGUGCCUUGAUAAUAAUGGAGGAUGUCAGCACAAGUGUGUGAACACGCGCGGCUCCUUCCACUGCCAGUGUGACGGCGGGUUUCUCCUGCACGUGGACAGACGCACCUGCAUAGACAUUGAUGAGUGUCAGACAGGUCAUGCUCAGUGUUCACAUGGCUGCCGUAACACCAAAGGCUCCUACGUUUGUGUGUGUAACGCUGGAUACGAGGUGGGAGCUGAUGGCACACAAUGUUAUCGGAUUGAGAUGGAGAUUGUCAACAGCUGUGAGACUAAUAACGGCGGCUGUUCUCAUCACUGUGAGCACAACUCUAACGGCCCCGUGUGCAGCUGUAACCAAGGCUACCGGCUCCAUGACGACCUCGAGACGUGUAUCGAUGUAGACGAGUGUGUGGUGGACGGCAGCUCGUGUUGUGAGCAGGACUGUAUGAAUUACCCAGGAGGCUACGAGUGCUACUGUGCCGCAGGCUACAGGCUCGACUCGGACGGCUGCAGCUGUGACGAUAUAGACGAGUGUCUGGCUGAGAACGGAGGCUGUGAACACGAGUGUCAGAACAGCGCCGGUUCCUUCAAGUGUUCCUGCACACCAGGAUAUGGUCUGAACACGGACCGUCGCUCCUGUACAUUUCUGGACAGAACAGUUCUCCACACCGGUCAGGUGAAGGAGACCUGGCUGUUAAAUCUGAUCAAGGAUUCCUCACAGCCGGAGCACUAUGAUGACUACGAGGAUGAUGAAGGAGAGCUGCGUGCUGAGAACACACUGACAGAAAAAUUCGUGUGUUUGAACGACACUUUCGGCUCGGACUGCAGUUUGUCCUGUGACGACUGUAUAAACGGAGGAGUGUGUAACACACACCGAACUGGAUGUGAUUGUCCUGAAGGUUGGACAGGAAUCAUCUGCAACCAGACUUGUCUUGAGGGUUGGUUUGGCAGAAACUGUUCAUCCCAGUGCAAGUGUGAGAACGGAGGUGUGUGUGAUCCGGUGACUGGAAGCUGUCGCUGUCCACCGGGAGUCAGUGGAGAACGCUGUCAGGACGGAUGUCCUAAGGGUCUGUAUGGAAAGCAGUGUAAUAAGAAAUGUAACUGUGCGCAUAACGGACGAUGUCAUCGCACAUACGGUGCGUGUCUGUGUGACCCGGGACUGUACGGACGCUUCUGUCACCUCCCGUGUCCUAAAUGGGUGUUUGGACCCGGCUGCUCGGAGGAAUGCAAGUGUGUCCAGGAAAACACUCUGGAGUGCCAUCAGAGAUCUGGCACCUGCUCCUGCAGGCCUGGAUAUCAGGGUGAAAAAUGUGAGAAAGAGUGUGAUGUAGGCUUCUAUGGUCAUGGCUGUGGUCAGAAGUGUUCCUGUCCGUCCGGGGCAGCGUGUGACCCUGUGACUGGAGUUUGUCAGCGUCAGUGUCCGGCUGGUAAAACAGGAGUAAACUGUGAUGAAGAUUGUACAGAUGGGAACUUUGGGAUUGGCUGCUCGGAGUCAUGUGACUGUUCAGGUGCUCCAUGUGACAAGGCGAGCGGUCAGUGCCGAUGUCCUGCAGGGAGGACGGGCAGCCGCUGUGACGGAGAAUGCCCUGCAGGUCAGUGGGGUCUGGACUGUAAGGACACAUGUCCCGUGUGUGAAAACGGAGGAGUGUGUGACAAACACGACGGCUCAUGCCUUUGUCCACCAGGAUACAUGGGCCGACUCUGUCAAAACUCGUGUCCAGCUGGUCGUUUCGGUCAGAGCUGUCAGAUGAAGUGUGUGUGUGAGAACAGCGGGCGAUGUCACCCCGUGAGCGGACGCUGCUCCUGCGCUGCCGGCCGGACCGGUCCGAACUGCAGGAGAGCCUGUGAUGCCGGACACUGGGGUCUGGACUGCGUGAGCGUGUGUGACUGUAGGAACAGCGAUGGCAGCUGUGACGCAGUAACAGGACAGUGUAACUGUGAAGCUGGGUUUACAGGAGCACGCUGUGACCUCAAAUGCCCUGCUGGGUUUUUUGGGCUGGGCUGUCGGCAGCGCUGCCAGUGUGAUAACGAGGCAUCGUGUGACCAUGUUAGCGGAGCGUGUACCUGUAAGGUGGGCUGGACAGGAACCUUCUGUGAGAAACCCUGUCCUCAGGGUUAUUAUGGACUGGACUGUCAGCACAGGUGUGUGUGUUUGAAUGGAGGAAGUUGUGAUCAGCUCAGUGGGAAGUGUGUGUGUCCUGCAGGCUGGAUCGGUCCUCACUGUAACCUGACGUGUCCUCCUGGAUUCUACGGUGAAGGCUGUUCUCAGACCUGCGCUUGUCAGAACACCGAGCGAUGCCACGGCACAACCGGGCAGUGUGUGUGUACAGAAGGGUGGACGGGACCGAACUGCUCACAGAAAUGCCCAGAGGGUUCGUUUGGGUCGGGCUGCAGUCAGAGGUGUUUGUGUCAGAACGGCGGGACGUGUGACAACACGGAUGGAAGCUGCUCCUGUCCCAGAGGCUGGAUGGGGACGGUGUGUGAGCGUGAGUGUGUUUCGGGCCGUUUCGGGUCAGACUGCCUGCAGGAGUGUGUGUGUGAGAACGGCGGUCAGUGUGACAGGCAGACCGGACAGUGUGUGUGUGGAGCAGGAUGGAUCGGUCAGCGCUGUGAGAAAGCGUGUGUGUCAGGCCGCUUCGGCCUGGGCUGUGAGGAACAGUGCGAGUGUGAACAUGGAGCUUCGUGUCAUCAUGUCAGUGGAAGAUGUGUGUGUCCAGCAGGCUGGAGAGGAGCUCAGUGUGACAAAGCCUGCUUGCCUGGAACGUUCGGGGUGAACUGCUCGCAGCCGUGCACGUGCCAACACGCCACUUCCUGCCACCACGUCAGCGGAGAGUGCGGCUGUCCGCCAGGUUACACAGGAAACGGCUGUGAGCAGACUUGCCUGUCCGGGACCUACGGCCUCAACUGUAAUCAGGUGUGUCAGUGUUCAGAGAGGAACCAGCUGUGCCACCCGGUGUCAGGGGAGUGUUACUGCGCUCCGGGGUACACAGGAGCCAAAUGUGAUCUGGAGUGCGAGAGCGGGUUCUACGGUCCAGACUGUGAGAGAGAGUGUCAGUGUGUGAACGGUGGGGUGUGUCGCGCCACCACGGGUGCAUGUCAGUGUCCUCCUGGGUUUAUAGGAGCUCAGUGCAACAUCACGUGUCCGGCCGGUCGUUAUGGGCAGGACUGUGCCGGUGUCGCCCUCUGCAGGGACGGGGCGAGGAACGACCCGGUCACAGGCCGGUGUGUGUGUGCUCCUGGACGCAGAGGAGAGGACUGUGGACAAGGCUGUGAUUUACACUGGUAUGGUGUAGACUGUUCUCAGCGCUGUAACUGCACAGAUGGAGGUGUGUGUGACUCCGUCACAGGGAACUGUACAUGUGGACUCGGCUUCACUGGGCUGCACUGUGAGAGAGAGUGCCCUGAGGGAUGGUACGGCCCGAACUGUGUGUUGGAAUGUUUGUGUCAGCACAACAGCUCAUGUGACAGUGUGACAGGGACAUGUCUCUGUGGACCAGGAUACUACGGUCAUCUGUGUGAGCAUGCUUGUCCGGAGGGUCUGUAUGGACCUCGGUGCCAGCAGCACUGCGAGUGUGUAAACGGAGCUGUGUGUCAUCCCAGCGAUGGACACUGCACCUGCCCUGCUGGACACUGGGGGUCACACUGCCAGAACGUGUGUGAGGAGGGCAGGUACGGUCCCAACUGCUCGAAAUGGUGUGACUGUGCGGACGGUGUGAAGUGUGACCCCGUGAGCGGAGCGUGUGUGUGUGCGCCCGGGAAAACUGGCCUCAGGUGUGACUCGGACUGUCGAGUGAACCGUUACGGCCCAGACUGCUCAUUAAGCUGUGAGUGUGAGAACGGAGCACAGUGUGACAGUCGUACCGGUGGCUGCGUGUGUGUGAGAGGCUGGAUCGGCUCCACGUGUACAGAAGAUGGACCGCCAACACUGAGAAGACGAGAGGAGCAGCAGUCACAUCUCAACAACUCCUUAUAGCAUGACAGUGUGGAGAGGACAGUGAGGGAACACACACUCAUCACACAGAGGAGUGCACAAGGCAUUCAGUGUGUGUGUGUGUAUGUGGGGGGUCUGUAAGCUGCACCGAAGACACACACACACACACACACACACACACACACACACACCCCUGGCCAAAGAAAAACACUCAUGUGCCAGUGAUCGUAUUAAUAAAGAGACUAUAAUACGACUAUAACACACACACACACACACACACACACACACACACACACACACACACACACACACACACACACACACACACACACACGGCACUUUAACCCACAUUUGUGUUUGUGCUCAGUGGUUCAGAAAAAGUUCUGUUGUAAGCUCAGCAACUUCCACCCCAAAAAGAAACAAACCACACUUUUAUUCGUGAGCUCCGAGUGUCUGAAUUACUGCUCGAUUGUUUUAUCUGUUACACUUUAUUUAUCUGGGGAUUUUUGGACUGACGCUAUGAGGCUAAUGAGGCUAAUGAGGCUAACGGGUGAAGGAAGCGACCGGUUUAUCGGCGCGACUCCUCACGCUGCAUCGGACGCCUCUUCACAGCCCCUGCAGCGUUCCAGCAGCCAGCGAUCUAUAACGUUUAGAUAAACAGAUAAAAACAAUCAGCUACAUAACAAUUAAUCACCCAAACUGAACUACACAGUAAACCAGAAAAGUUGUCGUCUGUAUUAAAGAGCGACCUUUCACCGGUCUUCAUGGUGCUAUUUUGCUUAGUUCACUAAAUCUCUAUAGAACAAAAUACGUUUGUAAUAAUUUGCUCGUCUCGAUCUCUAUAUAAUAAGCAGCGAUAUGUUAUAAUUAUAAAUAUUAUAAUAACUCAGCGACCUUAUUUAAGGUCUGAACCCAAGGUUUUAAUGUGUGAAUUUCCAGCAGUUUUUGUUCUAUAUAAAGGCAUCUGUGAUAUUUAUGUGUGAUCAACAUGUACAUUUUUUUAAAGAAUUCUGUACUGAUGUAAAUAAAUGAUGUAAAA